AUGGGAGAGAAAGUGGGUGUGUUAAAAGUGACAGUAGUCCAAGGAAAGCAUCUAGUGAUUCGAUAUUUCAGAAACAGCGAUCCUUAUGUUGUGUUCAAGCUGGGGAAUCAGGUUGUUAAGACCAAGGUCAUCAACAGUUUCCUUAAUCCCGUUUGGAACGAGGAGUUGAGCUUGGAUGUUACUCAAUCGGCUGGUGUUCUCAACAUAGAGGUGUUUGACAAAGAUCGGUUCAAAUCAGAUGACAAAAUGGGAACUGCGCACCUAAACCUUCAACAGAUUGCGUCGGCAGCAAGGCUGAAACAAGUAAUAAAGGCGCGCCCAGGUGAGUCGACUAAGAUACGGACAAUACUUCCUGGUAGUGAUAACUGUCUGGUUAGAGAGAGCUACGUCAGUUGUGUAAAUGGGGAGAGUCUGCAGGAUGUCUGGUUGAGAUUUUGUGGUGUAGAAUCUGGGGAACUUGAGCUGAAGCUUAAAUGGAUCGAAGAUCAACUUCCAAUUACUCCUGUCCCUUCUUAA